AUGUCGUACAGAGUUGAAACGGCUUCGACCGGUCGCGCCGGCUGUACCUCUACUGAGUGUAAGGCUGCUAACAUCAAGAUUGACAAGGAUGAGCUCCGUCUGGGCUGGGUGUCAUUUAAAGAUCAUGAAUCGUGGAAGUGGCGUCACUGGGGAUGCGUGACUGGCAAAGUUCUCGAGGGAAUACGCACCUUUCUUGCCGAUCCAGAUGCACCUGGAACAUACCGAUGGGACGCGCUUGACGGCUACGACAGCGAGGGUGUCGAGAAGAACAGCCUGGAAAAGCAUCCCGAUCUCCAAGAAAAAGUCCGAAGAUGCAUCACCCAGGGUUUCAUUGAUGCAGAGGACUUCAAUGGAGACCCUGAGAUGAACGUCCUGGGUGCCGUUGGGCUUCGCACGAAGGAGGGUAAGAAGAAAAUCAAAGAUGAUCAAAAGGCACGUACCCACGAGUUCGAAGAAAUGAGAGCUCAAAUAGCCGCUCUGCAAGAUGAGGUAGCCAUGCUACGCGCCAACGGAGCAACCGUCCCGAAGCGAGAAGCUGCUAGUACGACUGCGAGAGCUGACCUCAAUGAACAGUUGGCUGGGGGCUCAUCGACUGGCAAGAAGCGGGUCAAGGAUGAAGCCGAUGAAGAUGAGGCCACUCCAGCGAAGAAAAAGCGAGCAACAAAGAAGAACUUGAAGGCGGACCCGGAAGACGAUGAAGAUGAGGCCACUCCAGCGAAGAAAAAGCGAGCAACAAAGAAGAACUUGAAGGCGGACCCGGAAGACGAUGAAGAUGUGAAGCCGGCGAAGGUAGCAUCGAAGCCUCGAGCCAAGAAGGGAGUCAAGAAGGAAGAGGACAGCGAUGAGGCUGCUGAGGUCAAGCCACCGCCAGCAAAGAAACCCCGGGCUAAGAAGGGUGCGAAGAAGGGAGAGGAUACAGAAAUCUCCGGAGCCGUUGAUCAACGGAUCAAGGACGAAGAGGAUGCCGACGCUCCUGCUGUCGUAUCCGCCCCCAAGAAAGGCGCGUCUUCAAAGAAGGCUGUGAAGGCCGAGCCAGCCGACCAGAACGCCGGUAUCGAUCCUGUUGUGAAAUCUGCAAAAGUCAAGCCAGCGUCAAAAAAGAGUGGAAAUAAGGCGGUCAAGAAUGAGCCUAUGGAAGAACCAGCUUUGGCUCACGAAUCAAAGCCUGGUAUGACUGAAGGUUCUUCUAUGAAGACUCACAUCCCGGAGCAAGGUGAAGCCGAAGCUACCGAGGAGGAUCUCUCUGCAGUCGCCAUCGCUAGGAAUGGUGAAAGAUCUGGUGAUGCCGCCGAUAAGGUCAAAGAUCCGUAA